AUACUGUGUAUUAAAACAAUCAGUGAAUCACAUGUUUAUCAUUGAAUUGAGUCUAUGUUUUGAUUGUUUGAUUGAAUGCAUGACUAAUACCUACUUAUAGUCUUCACACACCUCUUGUGUUAUUAUUAUUAAUCGUUUAAUUAUAUCUCAAGACUAACCACUUCUUUGAGAUACGACAUCCAAACAACCAGCGCUUCACAUGUCUUCAGUGUCUGCACUUUAUAGAAGAUAUCUCUUAGUUUGCAAUCAAUGGUCAAUCGAUACGACCAAAACUGGUCGCGACUUUGCCACACAUUUACGACAAGAGUUGCAAAAACUGUUUCCUAAGGCAGAACUAACUGAUCUGAAGACCAAUGAACUGAAAGACUUAGAGGAAAACAUAGCGGCUUUGGAACGACUCAACAGAAACAUCUAUUUUAAGCCCACAUUUUACGAGUCGUCGGCGUCGGGACUGACGGCCGAUGAAUGCAAACGAGUUAUUUCGACGGAAGGACUCAAAGAGUUGGAAAUACAAUUUGACCGAUCAUUUGUCAGUAAAUUCAAAGACACAUUUGGAUCAAUUAGAUUCAAAUCUUAUACUAAAUUGUCUGAAGAAAAACAAAGUGAAAUACUGAAAAAAGAAGAAGAAGUGCAACAAAAACAGUAAAACAAGUGAUUGCAAUCAUCACCUGAACUAAUCAGUCGAUUAGUUUAAUAUAAAUAGUUUAGUCCUCCUUA